GCAUUUUACAACGUUUAUUAAAAUUGUUUUGGCGAAAGAAAAUAAAUAAUUGAGCGGGAAAAUACGUUAUGGAAAAAGAUAAAGAGAGAAGUGAUAAGAAUGUAAAUGAAGUCCAGCCUGUCCAGACAGUGCCAGUGGAAAGAAGAGUUAAAACGAAAGCUCUAAAAGGAAUAUAUCAUAGCAUUUUGAUGCAAAAUUCAAAGAAAACAAAAUCAAUAGAAGAACCUCCACCUGUCAAAAAGCAAUGUGUCAGCGCUGAAGAAGAUGAUGCACCUGAUGAUGAUGAUGUUUAUACCACAACGAUGAUUGAAAAGCAGACAUAUUGUGCAUUAAUUCCUCAAAAAUUCAAAAGCCUAAAUGACCUUUGUUUCAGUGGCGUAUUGCAAAACUGCCUGGCAGUCAUUUCUAAUGUCUUUACUCCAAAACUUGCCAAAAAUGGCAACCAUUUUUUAAAAAUUUCUAUUACGGAUCCCACCCAUUAUGGAAGCUAUGAACUUAUGUGGUUUUCAAAACCUACCGAGUUUCCCAACAUAUACCGAACUGGUGAAAUUGUAUUAUUGAAAGGCAUUAAAUGCCAGAAGUAUAAUGAAAUCCACCAGAUACUCAAGAACUUCACAACAAAUAUCUGUGUUAUUCCAUUGGACGAUGAUCCUCCUCUGAUGAAGAAGGCAAGGCAGCCUCUUGAGCGCUAUGAAUCGAAAUUUGGAGACGCAAUAAAGUUCUUGAAGAAGUGGCGCAACAGUAACAUAACAGCCACCACAUUCUCGCAACUUGAUGUGAUUACGACAGCUGUUGAAGGCUCGUCAUUUAAUUUCUGCGUGAAGAUCAUGAAAUUGACAGAAUUGACAUGCGACUCAUAUUGCUUAACCGUAUGGGAUGGAAGUCGUCCAUCGCUGCAAGCUAGAGCAAGAGAAGAGAACUCUAAUGCUAAAGCUAAUGCUUGUGAUGUGGAUGAGGAGGAAUUAGUUGAUAUAAUUGUCCUGGACCAGAACAGAAGCAUUAAAAAGUACAACCUGAGACCUCUUAACGUGCUUGCUCUCUACGAUGUAACACUUAACACUGAUCGCCGUUUGGAGCUCAAUAUGGAAAAUGAAGAAAGUGGCUUUACAGUUGUAAAACCUUAUUGCCAUGUCGCAAGAUAUGUCCCUGCCCGUGAACAACGCCAAGAACACACGUGGAACUUCAAAGGAUGGUAGUGGAAUAUGGAGGAUGAUGAUGGUUAAUUGUUGGAAGAUAUUAUAGGUAUGCUUUAUAGUAUGUGUGAUCGAUAAAAUAGACUUUUGCCGUUAUGUUUUCUACUACAGACAACGCAUUUAUUUUAAA